CGUAAACUCACAGAUGUCGAGUUUCCUUCUAAUGCGCUUCUCGUGUUUCCAGCGUAAAAUGAUGCAGACCAUACUUGUAUGUUUUAAUUUAAUGUUGCUGUGUGCGUAUUUAGGUGCAAAUGCUGUUCCAGAUAUUCCGACCCAGCCUCUCCAGUGUGUGGAGAGGCCAGCACUAGGGCGGGACGGUAGAGAUGGCCUUCCAGGCACUGCCGGGACGGAUGGAAGAGACGGCUUGACGGGACGAGAUGGAGGGAAGGGCGAGAAAGGCGACCAGGGCCUUCCGGGUAACAUGGGAGCCACAUGUGAGAAAGGUAAUGCGGGAGUGAGUGCCACUCCAGCUGAAUGCCCAGCGUGUGCGGCUAGGAAGAUCCACCAGUGCACGUGGGAUAAUGCUAACGAUGGAAAAGAUAACGGAUUGGUUCAUCAAUGCAGCAUUACAAAGCUGAGGGAUGACACCGGGCUGCACGUCAGAUGGAUAGGCAACAUUCGUAACAUCAAGACCGGAGCCAAGCUGUGCAGUCGCUGGCACAUCGCCUUCAACGGCAACGAGUGUGGCAACCCGGCCCGCAUUGACGCCCAACUCUACAGCAAUCUGGAGGGACUAAACAUACACAUGCCUUCGAUACUUGAAGGCAUCUGCUAUGGCCUGUCUACUGGUAUAGUGAACGUACAGCUGUACGUGGGAGACUGCAGGAAUCCAGCACACCCCCACGGCGACAGCUACACCUCCUGGGAUAGCGUCUCACGCAUGAUCAUCGAGGAAAUACCGCUUGCGUAAAACCGUUGACGCUUUUAAGCGCAUGCAUAUCUAUCUAUCUAUCUUGAUAUAUAUAUAUAUAUAUAUAUAUAUAUCCUUUUGGGCUGUGACCUAUGCG